AAGAAAGUAGGGAAAAGGAAUUAUUCGAAUACAAUUACGAAGAACCGUUGUAGGGAGACAGCUUAUACUAUACGGCUUGCGCCGGCUAAAGCGAGGGAGGAAGAGCAAAUGGCUUUUUAUCGAAACGGCAACACUCUGUCUCGUCUAAACCUUUUCGCUGGAUAUACGUACGGCAACUGGACGGGUGGGGCUGGUAGGGAAAAGGGGUGCCGACUAUGUGUGGAGGAUCUCACGACACGGUACGAAACAAUGAAGCUACAGCCAGAGAGAUGGGGAUCUUGGAAGCUGAUGCUAAUUAAGUAAAAACUCAGCUAAGAAGAUGGGAUUGUGACUCUCUCUGUCUAUCUACAACAAAACUCUUUGUUUGGUCACUGUUUUUGGUAUGUAUUGUGAGUUGUAUACACUUGCACUGUUGUCUAAUGGCUUUAGCUUUAUUAUCCAUCAAGAUACUUUUAAUCCUUCUUCUUGCCUUUGCAUUUAUAUAAUUCCCUGUCAUCUUUUCCAAUCAAGAUGAUGAUAGUUGAUAAGUGAGACUAUGAAUCCAACAUUUUGUAAAAAUAAUAGCUUGAGACUAUGAAUUAUAUAAAUACAAGGGAGGCUUUAUUUAA